CAGUAGUUUGCCGCCCUUCGAAGUCUGUAGUUUCCAGUAAAAUAUGGGCUCCAAAUGGCGAAUAUGCUUAAUGCUAAGCGCUUAUUUUGUCGCAUUAAGUUUCGCUUUGCCUUCUUCUUUGGUGGAAGAGAUCAAGAGUAGCGAAGUUAAGAGCAACAAUAAGGUAAAACGAGCUCAACCCACUACUGGAUCAGAAGCUGAAAAUAUUGGACGCAUGAGCUAUUUUAACAGCAAACCAACUUCUGCCAUCAAAAGAGGAACAAAUCUGAAAGAUUCAGAUUUGUCCGAUUGGACUGGAGGAGACCAACUAUUCCGUAACGCGGGUUUCAAUCUGGACAAUGUCCAGUCGGGUCUUUACAAUCCAGCCAAUCUGCCCCUGAUGGACGACAAAAGCAUCGCCGAAUACGAAAAGGGAUACAGAUACGGAACGAACAAAGAUAAGCUGGACGAAGCCUUGGAGAAUGCCGUGCUUAAAGGAGAACUCUAUGGGGAUCCAUACAACCAAUAUAAUAGAUUUUAUGGGUCUGAUGAUCGUAGACGUAAGAGAGGUGUUGCAAGCAGCAAACAAAGAUCCAAGAGAAACAUUGACCUAACUCCCGAAGAAAUUCUAGCCCUAUUAACUCUGUACGAAACCAACCAAAAAUCCCUAAAGGAAAGCGAAAAUUACAGACAACCCAUUGUAAGAUACAAUAAAAACUACGACACAUACGAUUUAGAUUUGGAUGGCAACGACAAUGAUAAUAACAAUUGGCUAAAUGGUCCAGUAUAUCCUCACGCCACUAUAGAUCAGCUACCAGAAAACUACCUUUACGAUUAUGGUACCAACCAACAGCAACCAGUCGAUUACAAAGCCCGUUGGGGUACCUUCGACGAUGCUAAAAAGAAAAGAUUUUUUGUCGCUAAAAAACGCACAAGUGACCCAACCAGGAUGAUCAGGUACAUAAACGGACCUAGCCAAAACGACUUUAAUACUUUGUCUACAAUUAUAAAUAAUCAAAAAGAUGCUAAACCAGAAAUACCUAUUUAUCGUCGAUUUGUUUUGUAAAUUAUUUUAUUAUUUUAUAUUGUAAUAAUCCAUAUCGAUAUAUAAUAUUAUAUAAAUGUGGUGUCAAAAAUGUUGAGACUUAUAUAAUCAAAUAUGUAAUAGAUUUUAAGCUUAAAAAAAGUCAGUCAGUAUGUUAGUAUAUAAAAAUAUAUUUAUUAAAUGUUAAAUAUCAAGAAUUAUACCUAUUUACUGUAGUAAAUUAUUUAUUUUUCAUAUUUGCUUAUAUAAAAAUGCUUCUGUUAAAAAUCUUUAAAACUAAAAUUAAUAUGGUACACACUUCUUAUUAUAGGUGGGUUUUAAUUUUAUGGAUUAUAUUAUAGGUACGCAUAAAAUAUAUAUAAAAAGAUGUUUUUUUUAUUUGAAAACAGGAAAAUUAUAUAAAUGAGAAUCAAUAGCAAGAAAUUCAAAUUCUUAUUUUUUUCUAUUCUAGGCUCUUGAAUUUUCUCAAUUUCUCAAACUCAAGAGCCGGGAAGUGACAAAAGUGGGGCUGGGAAAAUUGAGAAAUAGAGAAGGAAUUGAGAAAAUAUUGGUAGACAAAUAAAAACGAAGUAUUUCGUUUCUAUUUCAAGCUCUUCAAUUUUCUCUGUUUAGAGAAAUUUAAAGGAAAACGAACAUUCAAGAGCCGAGAAUAGAGAACAAAAUUGAGACAGAUAAAAAUGAGAAUUAACUAGAAAGCAAAUACUAGAAAGAAAAUGUAGAAAAAUUGAGGAAGAAAAUGACGAAUGAGAGGACAGGUACUUGAAUUUACUUUAUUUCGAGAAAUUCAAGAGCCGGGAAUAGACAAAAAUUGAGCGGGAAAAACUGAGAAUAACAGCGAUUUCCAUUUGUAAAUAAGUACCCUUUGAACAGGGCCAGCUCCAAGACCCGUGCAGCCUGUGCCCCCCUGUGCCCCUGUACGGGGCGGCAAAAAUCUCGGGGAAAAUUGUUGCCUGCCCUGUAUAAAAAUUAAAUAAAACAUAACAUGUUCGUUUUUUGAACUCUGAUUAUUUCCAUACGAUUUAAGCACAGUUCUAAUGACUGAAUAAGUACGCAACUUGUUCUGGGCAGUUCCAUGAUGGUUAGUGAACAGUUUGAAAAAUGAGAACCCGAAAACACCUAUCGUUAGUAG